AUGGAAUCUCCAGCGCAAAUGAAGGCGGUUGUAUUCCAUGGCCCUUACAAGGUUGCCGUUGAAGAGAGGCCAGUGCCACAAAUAGAAGAGCCAACAGAUAUUAUUGUGAGGGUGAAAUACGCAGCUCUCUGCGGCAGCGAGCUUCAUGUUUAUCGCGGCCACCAGCCUUCCAAGACAGGUUUUAUAAUGGGCCAUGAGUUCACGGGUACUGUUGUCAAAAUUGGGAGCGCUAUCAAGACCGUGAUGGUGGGAGAUGUUGUUGUCAGUCCCUUCACAACUUCGUGCGGAGCAUGCUUCUAUUGUGAGAAGGGCUAUUCCUCUCGCUGUGAGAAAUCUCUUCUGUUUGGCUCCCCCCUUCUCGAUGGUUCUCAGGCUGAAUAUGUCAGAAUCCCAUGGGCGGAUAGCACCGUCUGCAAAGCCCCCGAAGGAGUGGAGGAAAAAUUGCUGGUUUUGAUGGCCGACAUAUUCCCCACGGGUUAUUUUGCAGCCAGCAAUGGAUUCAAAGAAUACACAAGGGAGCAGGUCACCGAUCUGACGGUGGUCGUAAUCGGCUGCGGCCCGGUUGGCCUUUUAGCCAUUGUCAAUGCGCUGGAGUACAAGCCGAAACACCUUUUGGCGGUGGAUUCAGUGGCUCCCCGUCUUGAGCUCGCCCAGGAAUUAGGCGCCGAGAUCUGGAACUUCCAGACGGAUCGUGAGGGUCUAGAUAAGCGCGUCAAGGAAUUGACGGAUGGCCGCGGAGCGGAUGUGGUUAUUGAAGUUGUAGGAUUGAGUCCGGCUUUGCGAACGGCCUUUGAUCUUCUACGGCCGUGGGGCACUAUUAGCAGUGUUGGGGUACACAAUGCAGAGGCUAGUUUCGUGUUACUUCCAAUGGUUGAAGGGAUUGGAACUAAUUCUGACUGUCAUCAGAUCCCAUGGAACGGCAACGAAGCGUAUGGCAAGAAUUUCAAAUUACAAAUGGGCCGAUGUCCAGUGCGCUCAAUCUUCCCACAGGCUCUGGAAGCACUGAAAAAGAACCAGCAUCUCCUGGGUUUCAUGGCGGAUAAGAUCAUGCCGCUCAGCGAGGCUGUGGAGGGCUAUGAGCUCUUCGACCACAUGAAGGCGCAGAAGGUGGUUUUUGAAGCAGCGUAG